AUGUCUUGGGAUGUCUUUACAAGGGAGCGUCGCUACGAUCCAUUUUUAACGUGCAUCAUUUUAACAAAUCCUUAAGAUGCUGCAAAUUAUUAUACACAGCGUUGUCAAUUCUUUUGAUUGAUUCAUUUUUAACAACAACCAUAAUAACAUCGUCUGAUCUUACUGAGAAACUGAAAGUAACAAUUUCCAAAAUACCAUCCGAUUAUGCUAAAGACUAUUUGAAAAAAGAAUGGUUCAGAAGUCUGUUGAAUGACAUAGACGUGGUAAAAUUGUCCAGUGCAUUUACUGCAUGGGUGGACGGUCAACAAAGUGUGUCAUUCAACUUUUGGUGCUUCGUGUUAUAUCAUUUAUUACAACCGUUGAUUACGUUAUACAUGUCGAUACGAACAUCCAAUUUCGACGCAAGAAAUGCAUCAUUGUCAAGAAUUGCACCGUUAUUCUUUUCCAACAAUCACCGAAAUUAUGCUCGUCUUUGUGCCCAACAUCUCAUGGAUUUACGUUCAAGUACAUCGUACCUAUUGCAACGAUUGUCUAAUGCAUUCGCUGUUAAUCGAACACAUAGACCAUUUUCAUGUAAGUGUCGACCAUGAGUUUUUCCCGGACAAUGGACGACUGACAGACGACUGUUAGUCGAUAUUUUACGGAUAUAGUACGGUUGGUCGAUAGAAAAUGAAUUCGUUGUUUUCCAUUCCAGAAGUGUGGACUUCCAUAAAAUAUCGACCAACAGUCGUCUGUCAGUUGUCUAUUGUCCGGGAAAAACUCAUGCCCAUAAGUGUCUGAUCUUCGCGACAGGAAUUGCAAUUCUUCGCUUUUGUUUUCAAGGUAUCGCACUAGAUCAAACCAUUGAGUGUACAAUCAAUAAAUUUGGAAAGGGGCAUGGUGGUAUCUCGGGGCGAUUCAACCCAGAUCUGAUAGACACGUGGAACAACUCAUUCGCCUUUCGUGCCUUACUAACAACAGCCACUCAUGAAAUUUGCCAGUUAGAAACAUCGCACAACAGCAUCGAUUCUCAUGCUGAAUGUACACCUCAAAGACAGGCGGCGGACGACGAAGAUUUGACAAUAAUUAUUUCAAAAUUGAAACAGGAGAAAUUAUUCGUAUCGGACAGUCUGAACUGUCGAAAAUUAUUAUCAGGCAAGAUUAUUCACAAUGAUAUUAUUAACAACAUUUGCUCAUCGUUUGAACAAGGUGUACAAGCCCUUACAGCUUACAUCGACGAGCGGCUAGUAAAUCAAACUGUAGCAAUUGAUAAACCACUGAAAGCAAUGUUCCGAUUAAAAUUGCGUGAUAUAGAUACGUAUGUACCGGGAGAUCUUAGUACUGUUAAAAAGCGGCGGACAACAACCAGUAACAGCAAGGAUCUGAAUAAAACAUUGAAAAAAGUUGAUGAAGACAUUCGUCGAAUGAUAAUCAUCGCCAAAGAUCGACAUUUACAUUUGCCUACGUUGUUUGCGCACGAAUUUACCGCAGCUCCAUUAUCGUUGUGUGAUAACCAGAACUUUGAACUAAUGAAUCAACAAAAGAAGUCCGCUGCUAUUGAAUAUCUGAAAGAACAAUUUCCGUCAUCAUUUUCUAUAUCGUGUCCAAUAACAACCUAUAAAUGUGCACUGGUAAUUGAUGGUGGUAGUUUACUGGAAAGUAAACCGACAUUACGCAAUUGCACCGUUCGUGAUUAUGCCGUACAAUUAUUGAAAACUAUUAUCAACCGCUAUUUUCAACAUUAUGAACGAAUUGAUAUUGUAUUUGACUCAAGUGAGAGCAAGAACGUGAAAGCAUACAUCAAGAGGCAUGGCAACGACAUCGAAGCAAAUAAUUAUGAUCUCCAGAUCGACGAUAGAUUAGAAACAUCAUACCACCAUUUCGUGCAUAACAAUCGUGCAAUCUUGGCUGAUCGUGUCCGUGAGUGUUGGUGUGAACCUGCGUUGGUAGAAUUGCUGCCAGAAAACAAAAUUCUGGUAGCGGCAGGACCAACCGAAACGGCAUUUAUCUUGAAGAAAAAUUCACAACCAGUUCGAGAUUAUUUAUUAGAAUCAAAUCAUAUCGAAGCCGAUACCCGAAUGCUGUUACACGCCAAAGUGCUAGCAAUUGAUGAAUAUAAAAAUGUAGUUAUACAAGCAAGUGAUACAGAUGUAGUUCUUUUAUCGAUUGGAUAUGGAUCUGUUACUGGUCUUGAAUCCUUAGUAGUCAAAUCGUUCAACACUACGACGAAAACAGACACGUAUAUUUAUUCAACUCGUAUUGCUAAAGAAUUAAAACAGAAAUUUAAUAUUAAUCCAUCCGUGUUGUUGUCCCUCCAUGCUUUAUCGGGCUGUGAUACAACAUCAUUCGUUAAGAACAUUACAAAAGUUAAAUUUUUUAGAACAUUUUUCACGAAUCAUCAUCGCUAUUCCGAUAUCAACAAUUUCAGUUCGUCACCGUUAGCAGCAACAGCGGCUGCAGAGCAAUUACUUAUCGCAUGUUAUUCUAAUGUUCAACAAUGUCAAAAUCGAGACAGUAACUAUACGACGCAGUUAUUACAUUCUGUCAACUUAAUCGACGAAGAAAGCGAAGAUGAUGAUUUCAAUAGCACACGGGAUGAUUAUGAUGCAUCUAUUCAAGUCGAAGAAGAAGAAGAAGCAUUUCUCGACAAUAUCCAAUGCGUUGAAGAUGAUGAAUCAGACUUCGAAAAGGACGAUAUUUAUGAACAAAUUUGCUUCGAUCGGGAACCAUUAAUAGAAUUGAAAACAAAUGAUUCGUGUCCAAAAAAGAACAGUUUUGUUGGACAGCAUUUGGAUCAUAGUUAUUGCAAGAGUAUCACCGAAGAUGAAGAUGAAGAGGAUUAUUGUAAACAAUCAAAAUAUAUGUCGGACAAUGUAAAUGGCGAGAGACAAAGACAAUUUAGUGUAGAUAAGUACUCGUCAAAAUCAAUACAUGCGUCGUUAACUAUGGUAAAACGUGCGCAUCCUGACCCUCAGGACUCAAUUUUUAAACUGCCUUUGACGCCAAUAGACAGUUCACAACUGACAACUUCAACUGUUACAUCAAAACCAUGUCCGAAACCAAGAAGAACAACAAGAAAAGCAGCUCCACCUGUUAAUGAUGAAAACGUACCGAUCAUCACGUCGACUCCGAAACGACGAACAGUGAGCACUCGCCAUCGAUGUUAUUCACAAUUCGAUCCACUUCAAGAUAUUGAUGAUUCAUUUUAG